AUGCCUCCAAACAAAUUCGCUCCUUCGCCCGCCAAAGUCGAGUCGAAACAGCCCACUGUUCGGAAGGCCGACGCGGCACCGGCACCCACUGCUGGUGUCGCUGCGUCCUUUGGACAGAGGUUGACCACCAAGGUCUGGAUUUUCCUUAACCAUACCGGCGAUGACGCAGGCAGCACCUCCGAAAUCAAGUCCGAGAUCUACUUCGACGAUGCCCACGUAGCGACUGGCUAUCUCGAAGUCUCCAACAACACCGAUUUCUCCGCCGACAACGGCGGGCUCGGCAAAUUUCUCUUGUACAAGGACGCCAUCCAGCGGGGCGUUGGCAAGAGGUUCAGAGCCACAGCGUUCGAGGAGGGUAACAUCACUGUGGGAGACAGGUAUUUUGUUGAUGGAACGUUCGACUUCGACGCAGGGCCCGACGAAUGGAUGGACGGGAAUGUGCACACUGUGGGGCCGUACUAUAAUACUUCUGACGGCAAUUUCAAAGGGUUCAUUCAGUUCCAAGUCGUGCCUACUUAG